CUCCCAUCAGAAUCUAAUUGGAAAUAAGUCUUGCCUGUCAUUUGCAUCGGAACGAUAAUAAAUACAAAAAUUCGCAGGAAUCAUAUGACGGUAUUUGCAAAAUCGUGUUUAAAAAAAUAUUAACGCGUAAAAUUAACUCAGGAAAAUAAAGAAAAUUGUUUGCGAUUAAUAUUAAAUAGCAGCUAAACGUGAAGUGCUUACAAAAAUAUGUAAAAGUGUUAACAAUAUUGUAGUGUGUGUAAGAGAUUGUGCACGGCCGAUGCAGCAGCUGGAUUUUCUUUGUGGAGUAGAGAAAAUAGAAACAAAAAUUCCAACACAGCAAAAGUGUAAAUUUUUUAUUAAAAGUCAUAUAAAGCUGUUGAUAUAAAUUAGUAACAUACGAAAAGUUGAAAAUGCAUUGAUAAAGCGGAUCAUAACUAUUGCGAUUCAUUAUCAGCAUCGUGCCAGUGCAACGUCGGCGUCUAAGACUGCCUAAAAAUGGUGUCGCUGCUUAAGAAUCAACUCUUGAAGCACCUAUCGAUUUACACGAAGAAUUUGUCAUCGGACAAAAUUAAUUUGAGCACAUUUCGUGGUGAGGGGGAUCUGGUGAACUUGCAAUUGGAUGAAGCGGUGCUCACUGAACUAUUAGAGUUGCCUUCAUGGUUGCGACUCACUUCGGCCUGGUGCAAUCAUGUGUCCUUUCGCAUUAGCUGGACAAAACUGAAAAGUGUGCCAAUAACCUUGACAUUGGACGAGGUGAAUAUCAGCGUGGAAACCUGUGAUCCGAGCACUAGAAAUCAGGAUGCCAAUUCACCGGGUGGCGUUGCUGGUGGAGGAGGAGGAGGAGGAGGCGGUGGUGGUGGUGCUGGUGCUAGUGGCGGCGCAACAGCACAAACGACACUGCCACAGGCGCCACAAGGCAAAUACAGUUACAUUCACAAAGUGGUGGAUGGCAUUACAAUCAUUGUAAAUACGGUGAAUGUGAAAUUCCUGAGUGCAGCGUUCACAGCCUCUGUGCAGAUGUCACGCAUACGCGUCGAAUCGAAAUCACCGAAGUGGGCUAAUGUCGAUCUACGUUUUACACGGCUUAAAGACCCAGUUAAAGGCAUCAUACUCAUCUUCAAAGAACUCUCCUGGCAAACGGUGCGUAUCGAAGCCAGUUCAACGCAAGACAAAUCGCUCACACCACUACGCUUGCUCACCAAUCAAGCGCGCUGUCGACUUACGCUACGGAAAAGAAUCUCCGAUUGUACAUUAUUAGCCUCACGACUCGUGCUCAUACUAGACGAUCUGCUGUGGGUGCUCACCGAUUCGCAGUUGAAAGCGGCCUUACAUUUUGUCGAUUCCUUAUCGGGGCUAAUCAAAGCGGCGACACAUGCAACACAAAAAAAGAAUGCAGCUAGAAAAUUACAGACUCUUCCCGAGUAUCAGGCACAGAUAGCUCAACAACAAAAUCGUCAAUCGGACACGGCGCAUACAUCACCAGCGCAGAAAAUGUUCAAUGCUUUCGAUGUACGCGAGACUUCCUAUCACUUUUUCAGUCAACGCAUCGAUUUGCAUUUGUGCGAUGAUGAGGGAGAUGGUCGCUCAAGCUAUCCCGAAUUGGAUAAAGGUGGUGCUCUACAAAUAUCGGUGCAAGCAUUCCAAGUAGACUAUUAUCCUUAUCACUUGGCGAAAUCGGAUCGUGCGCACUGGGCGAAAUACCGUGAAGCAUCCGUCUCACCAGCGUUGUGGCUUAAAGAAUCCCUAAAUACAUUCCGUGAAGCUGUGCUAAAUCUAAGUCAACCGAAUCGCCCAUCAACGCAUGCGCCACUCGAACGCACCGCUCCGCCCUCACCAGUCGCGCUCAAUGUGAAUGCGCUGCAAGCACAAAGCGCAGCGUAUGCUGCUACUAUGGGUGGCACACCAACUGCCAGUUCCGGCACGAAUACGCCGCAUCGUCCUGGCAGCAGUGGCGGUGGUUCUGGUGGUAAUGCUUCGGCCUUCGCCAGUCAGGUUACGCAAGCACAGCAGCAAAAGGCGACACUCGAUAAUUUGGCGAAGUUAAUGAGUGCCUGCGUUGUUUUGCGCAUUGAAGAUUUUACCUUGUAUCGCGUCACUACAUCUGGUAGAAAGCAGAUGCCUAAGGAGUUUGUGUCGGGUGACAAAGAGCGCUAUUCGUUUCCCGCUGAAAUGUCCGUUGUACAUGCUGAGUUUACUUACUUUUAUUACCCCGGUGAUUUCAUAUUUCCUUUGCCGCCGUCCAAAGUAUUCGUUCAUAUUAAUCCGUUACAAGUGCACUUCGAUCUAAGUUCCAUACUUUGGCUCAAUUCAUUUGCAUUGAAUUUACACGAAAGCUUAUUGCGCACCAGCGUCGGCACAGCAAGUGGUGCUUCCUCAACUACGCGCGGUUCCAUCUCGUCGAAUGCGUCACAGCGUGCUGCGGGUUCACAAGGCUCACAAGGCUCACGCGCUUCAGUAACGGCCAUUUCACAAGCAGCAGAAGAGCCCAAUCUCAUGUAUAUGGAUGUGAAGAUCGAAGCGAUUAUGCCACGUGUGGUUAUCGAAUCGACGGUGGAUGUGCCCAAUCAAAAGGAUCGUCCGAAAAUCAUGCAAAUACAAAUUUCACGUUUCGCCAUAACCAAUAUACGUGAGAUGGGUUCGUCGCGUGCUGAUUUGGCGCAGGCGUUGCACUCACUGCAGGAGGGUUCACUGGUCUUCGGUACGGAAUUUCCAGCGGUCAAUGGUGACAUGUGCAUAGUGACCGAUCGGAUCCUCUCGCAUGUGGCUGCAGCAGAUGUUGGCGCGCCAAAUCCCUUGCAGACACCAGGCCAAACACAAACAUCAACGUCUUCGCAGCUACCGAAAUCCGCUUCUGCACAGAAUUUGACGCGCUAUGCCAUGUGGUCGGAGCCGCGUGAUGUAUGGUGUAUUAAACUCGAUCCGGUGUGGGUGGAUUUCUUGGGUGCACGCUCAUUGGGACCCAACAAAUCCAUACCCUUCAUCGAUGCUGUACCGGUUACAUUGUGGUUGCAUUCUGGUGUGGGUGCUAUGCAUAAAUCGCCGGCAGCAAGCGUGAAUAGCAAUUCUUGCGCUUCGUUCAGCAUGAAGGGUUCUUCCGUGGAGACGAAUAUUAAUUGUAUGGAUUUUACAAAUUUGGAUAGUAAAACGCUACCACGUAAUCCCUUCCUUAGUGAGGAAGAUGUACGUAUGGGUGAUUGGAAGCCACAACGUUCCUUUAAUGGCGCCGGCGCUGGCGUUGAUGCAGCGGGUGCUGGUAAAUCCAAUGACAAUGUUACUACUAAUAGCGAACGUACCGCCGAUAUGCAUGCCAUUGCGCACAUUUCCAAUUUGGUGAGUGUGCAAAUCGAUCAUUAUCAAUACUUGUUCCUAUUGCGUUUGGCUGAGGAGAUGACGGAAAUGGCCAUGUUCCUAUCAAUGGACGCUGAGCGUAUUUUACAAAAGCAAAAUACAAAGAAAUCGAUGAUAUUCGGUUGUGUUGUACCGCAAAUUGAAGUGACACUCGUGAUGCCAUCGCCAACACCUGGUAAGGAAUCGAGUGGUGGUGAUGCUGAAAGUGUCUUACCUGAUUCAGCUAGUUUGGGUGAUGAUUUACACAUGAAUAGUACAAACACAAUAUGGCCUACACCACCGCUGGAGCAAGUGAAGAGUAAUAUAUAUGGUAGUGUGGAGACACCUUCACCGGUCACUAAUGAACCGCUCUAUGAUGGUAUUAUGCAUACAUCAAAUCCAAAUACGCAUGGUUAUAAUGUACAAAUUCAAAGUACACCCACUGUAGCGUCCUCUACACCUAGUCAGGGUUCACGUCCUGAUACUGGUGUCUAUUCACAGUCCAUUACAGCAUCGACGAAAAGUGUACGCUCGGGACGAACUUCAAAUGCGGGCGAUGCGACCAGUAUAACGAAAGAAAUCAAUUCUAGUCUGAUGUCUAUGAAGAAAGGCUUCUCCAGUUUUAUGACGUCCAUUGAUUCCGCCAUUAAAUCUGGUACACCAAACGAUGACACCAGUGAUACAUUCUCCAUACAAAGUGAUAUUAGUUCCGAUUCGGAAAACUUCGCCAUAGUUAUGGGCGACGAUAAGACUAUGGAUUGCAUUGAUGUCAUGUUUAGAUUAAAUCCCUUCACCAAUGACACCAAUUUGAAAGCAUCACCCGUCGAAGUAGCUAGCGAAGUGCUCGAGGAGCCUGGUUACAAUAAAACUAACUUAUCAUCACCGUCAGAGCCGUCGGAGGCAAGCACUUGGCGGCGGCGUGAUUUGGUAUCAAUGGCAACUUUUAGGUUAACAACAGUUGAAUUGAUACGUCAAAAUGAGGGUAAUGCCUCAUCGCUGCGUCUGCAAGUGGCUGCCGUUUCGUGCGAUGAAUGUGGCGCCAUUCCUUGGGAUGAAUUGCAGAAAGCUCAACAAGCAAAUAAGACGAAAUUUGGCGCACGUUGUAAAGCUUGGAAUUUAGCGCCCUACAAUCCAGAGUUGCCACCAUGCAUACGUGUGCGCUUGGAGGAGACAUUGAACCUGCCGCAGGGCAAUGUAAGCGUCACGGACAAGAAAUCGUUGCAGAGCUUUAUUACCCAUCAUGCCGAAGUACGCGUUAAGGAUAUUAAUUUGGAUUUGUCCAUGAGUACUGUUAUUGGUUUAGGUGAUUUGGCGGAGGAUGAAAUCAUUACAAAUCCUUUGCCUGUUACGGUUCAUAUAGAAAAUGUUAAGCUUAACUUAAUCGAAGAUCGUCCACCCGUUAAUAUUACCUCACCGGGUCCAGUGCCAAUACGUUUAGCUAUUGGACGCAUGCGCAUACAUCGUGAUAAAAAUGGCAUUGUCAAUAUACAACCAAUAGAAACUGGUCUAAACGAGACAGCCACUUUAAAUUAUGCGCUAACAGCUACCACAUUAACACCGCGCGAUCGUGAACGCGAUCGUGAAAUACUCUCCAUGCAGCUCGUUAUGCAGCAACUCAAAAUGGAUAAUGAAAAUUUGCGCAAGCAGCUAGUAAAUUCAAAAGAAAAUGCCGAUAAUUAUAGGCAAAAGUGCAAGCAGGAGUGCGAUGUAGUGCGCUCGUAUCUGAAAGCGGCGCAAGACGACAUAACCAUACUAUUGGAAGAGAAAAAGGCUUUACUUGAUACGAUACGCUCGUUGCAGUUAAAUCUGAAUUCUCGCAACAUUUCCGAUGCAAGGAUCAAAGGUUCAACUGACAUCAUCGAAUACAAAUAGAAAAGGCGAUGGCAACAGGUAGCAUAACUGCAUGGAUUGCAUCCAAUGCUGUGGCGAGAAUAACAAUCCAUGAAAUACGAUGCAAGCGGCGAUAAGACGGCGAAGAGCAACAACAACAACAGCAACAUCACCAGCAACACGCACGCGGCGAAGGCUACCAAAUUUGUUUUUUGUUUUGCCACUUUUCAAAUCAUGCCAAAAAAAGCGUGGUGAGGCGUCACACGAGCAAUAAAAUCAAAUUUGUUGCUAGAAAAACUGUGCGCAACAACAAACAAAAAAAUUUUAGUAAUUGUUAGCCUUUGCAUAUUUGACUUUUUUGUGUUUUAACUUCACAUUUUUUAUUAUUUUUAAUUUUUUGUUAUAUUUUUUGGGAAUUAAAAUUUUUUUUCUAUAAAGACUGAAUAUCGCGUUGCGAUGUUUUCCAUGUUUUCUAUGUUAAUGAAAAGUAAAUAUAUAUAUUUAUCAAAUUAAUUUUAAAAUGCUCAAAAUUUGUGUUUGCAUAACGAGUGCUGGAUAUUAUUAUAUUAAAACAAUUUCCAAUUCACUUUUCGGAUAUUUUUCAUACAUAUUUUUUUUUAAUUUUUUGAAUAUUAAUGUACCAAUUUGUAUUAAACAGUUACGAGAAGCAAUAACUAUAAAAUUAAAAACAAUUACAAAAAUUAAUAUAUGCUUCAGUUGGCAAAACUGAAUUAGCCGGUCUUUUUACAUCCCAAUUAUUGUUAAAAAAAAAUAAUUUUUCUAAUUUUAUGAGAAAUAAAAAUUAAAAUAAUUUUAAUUUGUCAUUAAAAUUAAAUUACAAACAGCGUUUAACGCUACUAUUUUCGUGAUUCCACCAUGGGUAUAUUAUAAUUUUAUGAAAAUAUAAAUUUUAAAAAUUUUUGUUUUCUAUUUUUUUUUUAUAUAAAUAAUUUACAUAAUUGCAUAAAUUAUAAAUUUUUUCUACAAAAAUAAUUUCUAAAUCCAAAAAUAAUUUCUAAAUCCAAAAAACUAUCAUUUAAAUAGCAUAAAAAAUAUUUAACUUUUUCGUUUACUAUACUUUGAAUAGCAUAACAAAUCGUUGUGAUUUACUAUCAUAUCAAUAAACACAUAAAGGAACGUAAAUAAAAAUAAAGUAUAAAUGAAGAGUUGAAGUAUAAAAUAAUUAAAAUUCGCUUUAGCUAUGGUAAUUAAAAAAACUUAUAAAUUAUUUGCAUAAAAAGUCAUUGUUUAUGUAUCUGUUGCUACUAGUAUGUACGCUUUUACAAAUUUAGCAACAAAUUAUGUCUUAUAUACUGAAAUCUAUACAAUCUUUGCUAGAAAUCAAAUUGAACUGCUUAUAAAAAUGAAGUGUAAAGCGUAAUUUUAAUAAAAAUCGUGAAAAAGUGGUAAUUUUAACCUUUUUUAUAAAUUUACAAAUUUUCUUUUAAACUUUUAUAUAAAAUUAAAAUUUUAGGUAUAAAAAAUCCUUUCCCUUUAUAAGAGUUCAAUAUAAUACCUUUUUUUAUUAAAAAAUUGAAGUAAUUUAAUUUGUAUUCAGCCAGUUUCGAUCAAUCGUAAUUUUAACCUUUUUUCGUACAACUUUCUGAUCUCACGAUGUGUUCCAAAUAAAUUAAAUUCACUUAAUUUACAAUAAAUACGAAUAUUUGCUUGACAAUGGAAUUAUUUUGUUGGCAAGAUCUAAAAAACUAUCACUUCCCUCCUCAUGUAAUUACAAAUACGUUCCACAAAGAAAAAACUGUAAACUCACAAAUUCCCCAAAAACUAAUUUUCAAAUACGUUCCACUAAGAAAAAGCUAUGAAAUAAAGAAUUCACAAAAGAUUCAUUUUCAAUAUUUAUUUGUAUAAUUUUUUAAAUAUUCUUACUAUUUUAACAAAAACCUAUUGAAUGUUGAGAAUAUAUGAGUGAAAUAUGUCCAUUCCUGUGAACUAUUCUUUUUUUAAUAUGUUUAUUAGUAUGAAAAAGAAAUUGGGUUGUUUCAAAUAAAUGCCCUUCAAAGUUAAAAUGUGAAACAGUUAGAAAAACAGCUAAACAAGCCAGGUGUGUUCAAAAAAUAACGGGAAUUUCAAAAUUUCCAAUUGUCAAAAUUUUAUUUUUUUUUUUUUGCCAAACAAAUGAAUAAUUUCUUAAAAAAAAAACGAAAAUUCCUGUUAGUUUUUGAACGCACCUCGUACACUUAAAGGUCAAUAAGUAAAAUUCAUGUCGUUUAUGAAAUCAAAAGUAAAAAAUCUAAAUCAAAUUAUACAAAAACACAGAUUAUUUACCGUAAAAAAAAUUGAAAUUAAGAAAAAUUGAAGUAACAAAAAAAAUUUAAGAAGAAUUGAAGUAACGAGCAACUUGAAACAGUUAGUAACAUGUAAAUUGCCUAUUCAUAUACUUAAAAGUUAUAACUGUAAAAAUUAUAAACAUAUUUACAUAUAUACAAUAUAGAUUAACAGUUAUAUAUGUAUAUCGAAUUUUAGUGUAUUUUAAAAACAGUUUUUUUUGUAGUUAGGCAAUUAUAUUACAAAUAUGAAAAAUAUUAAACUACAAACAUAAAUAAUUAAAUAAAACAUGGCAAACUCCGCAACGAUUUGCACAUUUUAAUAGAAACGCAUAUAAGACAAGAAUAAAAUAAAAAAUAUUAAUGUAUUAACUACUGAUUAAAUCAAAUCAAAUUAAAUACUUAAGUCAACCUUCAACCUCAUAAGUGUCGAAGCAGCAACGUUAUUUGUGUGUGUAUUUUACAUUUAGAGUUAAAGUAUUAAAAUCGAUGUGUAAUUAACUAAAACAAACAGUUACUAACAAUUAAAUAUAAAUGAAAUGUAAUACAAAUUAUUUAAACUUGGAAUUGACGCAGAAAAUCAAAUCAUACAUACAUAAAUAUAUUAAAUUGCGUAGCUAUACAAUUGAAAUGUCUAUAGUAAAAUAUAAAAAACAAAACGUGAAAAAAAUGUUAGGAAAUUUUAAUGCAGCAGAAAAAUACAAACACAUACCGUUAUACAUAGUUUCCUUAAUAGUUUUUUAAAACAAAAUU